GAGAAAACAAGAGUGAAAAACUACACACAGGAGGGGAAUACAAACAAUGUCCAUCUCAAGAAGCCAUGUCCUGUUCCCUUGGCAACUGGUCAACACAGUGAGUCAACAGGAAGGAGAACAGAAACUUCUCAAAAGGUUCAGAGAUUUAAAAAAGAAGAAGGGGAUGGAGGACCAGCACUGAAUACAUUAGCUUGAGUACAGAGUGACUGACAUCAACCUCAUAUCUACUGUAAACACAGAGCUGAGUGGUGCUUCCUUCCUUCUCCUGGUGGAGGACAACAUGAAGAAGAAAAAAAAGCGGCCCCGAAAAUUCACCAAAAAAGAGCACGCUAAUGUUCCCAUGGACAAAACUUCGCAGUUCAGCAGGCCUGAGUUUGAGAGCUUCCUGUUUGAGAUGACUCGGUGGUUUUUGGAUCAUCAGCUGCAGGUGGAUGAGUUGUUCAGUCACAGUGACGCAGACAGAAGUGGAUCAGUCAACCUGAAGGAUUUUUACCUGGGUCUAAUGAACUUGGACGUCCCUUGUCAGCAGUUUCAGCUCCACAUGCUGACUCAGCAGCUGAAGACCAAUGACAACAUGAUCAGUUAUCGAGAUUUGAGCACACAGGUGCAGAAGAAACUGAGACUGAAUGACAGCACAGAGAUCGACACUCAGAUAUCAAGAUGUGAUCGUCAGCUGUCAAACCCUGAAGAGGACAUGAGGUUCAUCCGUCUGAGUGUCAGACCGAUCCCCUUCGACCCUGCUGCUGCAGCUCAUCCAGGAAACUUUGAGAUUGUUUUGCUGAGCAGCAGUAGAGUUCUCAGUCUGAUCAGGACGAUCCAGGAGCGGGUCGGGAUCCAGACCACCAGGCUGGAGGUUUUCCGGAGUAGAGUACCCACAGAGGAGGCUCGCCUGCCCCCAGGAAGUUUCCUGGAGGAAUGUGGCUUCAGAGGAGGGCCAGAGGAAACUCCUCCAGAGGACACUGUGUACUACGACUACAUGCUGCUGUUUACAGACUGUCCCAUCCUCAACUGUGACCACUACUUCAGCUCAGCGCCAGACUCUGCUUCCAUAAGGAGCGGUCACUAAAUUAAAUACAUAAAAUUACCUCACAGUGUUUUUAGGCAUGCAUGCUGCGGAAGCUACUGUUGGUUAGUCCACCAUUUGGGCGCAGACUGAAAUAUCUCAAGUAUUUGAUUCAGUGCCUUAAUGUUUCAUACAGACGUCCAUGCUCCCCAGAGAAUGAAUCCCUCUGAUUUUGGAGAUCACCUGUCUUUUUCCUCAAGCACCACCAUGAGGGUCACCUUUGUGGGACUGUUCAAGCAAGCUCAUGCUAUUGAAUUAAAUAUUCAACCCCCACCCUCAAUAGAUUUUUUUUCUAAUAAUUUCUAGAUGUUUGCAGUGUCUGAAAUAUUUUGCACAUUUGGAAAUCUGAAACAUGAUAUGGACUGAAAGUUAAAGUCUCUGCUCACCCACACAGGUGUUUUCACUUAACUUGACGAAUCACUCCUCUAAUCAGGUGUGACGACAGG